CAAGCGUCUAUAUGUCUAAUCAGCUUCUUACGCCCGGGAGCGAGGGGCUAACCUCGUGGUGGGACAGAAACUCGGGAGCCGAAUGAGAACAUGUCCAAGUCUCUGAAAAAGUUGGUGGAGGAGAGCCGGGAGAAGAACCAGCCGGAAGUGGACAUGAGUGACCGGGGCAUUUCCAACAUGCUGGAUGUCAGCGGCCUGUUCUCCCUAGCCCACAUCACACAGCUGGUCCUCAGCCACAACAAGCUAACAACGGUGCCACCAAACAUAGCGGAACUGAAGAACUUGGAAGUGCUAAACUUUUUUAAUAACCAGAUCGAAGAGUUGCCCACACAGAUCAGCAGCCUUCAGAAACUCAAGCACCUGAACCUUGGCAUGAACAGGCUAAACACCCUGCCUCGUGGGUUUGGCUCUCUUCCAGCUCUUGAAGUCCUGGACUUGACUUACAACAACUUGAAUGAAAAUUCUCUUCCUGGAAAUUUCUUCUACCUUACCACCCUGCGUGCACUCUAUCUAAGUGACAACGAUUUUGAAAUCCUGCCGCCAGAUAUUGGGAAGCUCACAAAGUUGCAGAUACUCAGCCUUAGGGAUAACGACCUGAUCUCACUGCCCAAGGAAAUCGGGGAGCUGACCCAGCUCAAGGAACUCCACAUUCAAGGAAACCGCCUGACUGUUCUGCCCCCAGAACUAGCCUCUACGGCAGACACAUGCAGGCAAACCCAGAGCCCCCGAAGAAGAAUAAUGACAAAUCGAAAAAGAUCAGCAGGAAGCCUCUUGCAGCCAAGAACAAAUGAGGGUCCGGCGCGCACUGGGUUUCUGGACUCUUCUCGGACUCACUCCACUAACCUCUCUCGCUCUUUCUCACGAAUAAAUACAGUGGUAUUGUAUGGCUUUUUAAAAAAACAUUUCUUUUCACUCCCUCUGUCUAGUUCUUACUGCUUUACCUUUGAAGUUCUUUUGGUAGGUGGUAGAUUUUUAUAUGGUGUUAAAACCAUUUCCAUUUGUUUCCCUAAAAUUGCCAAGGGCAGAAAACAGUUCUAGUUCAACUGCAAAUUCCACAGUAGGCAGGGGUUUCGGUCCCUUGAAUAGACAUCACGAGGCUGCUUAUUAUCCAGGGAAUAAUUGAAGUCAUGUAACCACUUCAAUGUCACAGUUAACACUUUUCAUCCUUUCUGUUUAUUCACACAACUCAUUAUUUUGCCUUAUUAAAAGUCUUCCUUCACUGCCGAGCCGUUACGUUCACUUAGCUUACAAAUGAUUUUAAUGAAAUCUUGAAUGUGUAUCAUAUCACAUGAUGCUUUUUGAUGAGAAUAAAGUAUAAUCAGAUUUUAGGGUGUACACAUUUUUGUUUACCGUCCCCCUGAAAAAAAAAUUUACCUUCUCCAGUUUUACUGGUUGCAGAUGAGAAACUCAAACUU